GCUGGUGACGUCACGACGGGCGGAGAAGAAGGUGGGAAGAGGUGCGGACGUCGCAAGGGAGACAGCUGACUGGGCGCCCCGGCCCCGGCUCUUCUGACACAAUGCGGGAGAGCAGGAAGUGAUGCGGGGGGGUUAUUCACGGCAGACAUGGUCAGACAGCUCCUCGGGAUGGUGGCAUGUUGACGUGUAUCCAACAUCCGCUGAGACGGUGUCUGGUGCAAGGCGGACUGCUCUAAAACUGGACACGCGCAACAUGGGCCAGUGUGUCACCAAGUGUAAGAACCCUUCCUCCACACUAGGCAGCAAAAAUGGCGACCGGGAGUCUAACAAGUCCCAUAAGAGAAGCUCAGGACACAAAGAAGACCACACGUCAGCAGGUGGGAAGGCCUCAGGGGACAUCUUAGUCAACGGAACAAAGAAAGCGCAAGAUGCAGCAGUAGAGGCCAGUCAACCUCUGGUGGCUGCGGGUGACGCAAAGCAGAGGGAGGCCGGCAUGGGAGCAGAGGUGUCGUCCUUGCAGAGACUGGAAGACUUGUUUAGGAGAUACAAGGAUGAGCGGGAAGAUGCCAUCUUGGAAGAAGGCAUGGAACGGUUUUGCAAUGAUCUGUGUGUGGACCCCACAGAAUUUAGAGUGCUCGUUUUAGCAUGGAAAUUUCAAGCUGCCACCAUGUGCAAAUUUACUAGGAAGGAGUUCUUCGAGGGAUGCAAGGCAAUAAAUGCAGACAGCAUUGAAGGAAUUUGCAGCCGAUUCACCAGCCUCCUGAAUGAAGCCAAGCAGGAAGAUAAAUUUAAGGAUCUCUAUCGCUUCACUUUUCAGUUCGGCCUGGACUCAGAAGAAGGGCAGCGGUCACUUCACCGGGAAAUAGCCAUCGCCCUCUGGAACUUGGUGUUCACCCAAAACAAACCCUUCAUUUUGGACCAGUGGUUAGACUUCCUAACUGAGAACCCCUCAGGAAUCAAGGGAAUCUCCCGGGACACGUGGAACAUGUUCCUAAACUUUACUCAGGUGAUUGGCCCCGACCUCAGCAACUACAGCGAGGACGAGGCCUGGCCAAGUCUCUUCGAUACCUUUGUGGAAUGGGAAAUGGAGAGGAGGAGAAAGGAUGAGGAAACCAAAUGUAUUAGCUCUUCAGGCACAGAUUACACGAGCGCAGACGAGCAGACUUAGCACAGCGCAGGCGUCACAUCCCCGUCACCUGGAGAAUCAAUUUUUUUCAUUUUUUUUUCGUUGUUUAUUUUUUUUUUUAACUACUCUACACCUUUUUCUGCCUUGAAUUCGAAAGGGCUCUAAUUGCUGGUAACAUGUUUCAGGCACUUUUUUUUUUUUUUUAAAUAGAAUAUUUUCUGACGGUGCCAGAAAGUGUUUCACCUUUAUAUUUCAGGUUUAACUGGCUCUAAUGAAAUUAACUGAAUGCUUAGAAGGGGGAGGGGGGGGGGUCUGUGGGAGGGGACUGACCCAUUUAUUUAAUUUAAUUUUAACCCUAUUAUUGUGUCGUGAAGAGGGGGGGUGAAAGCUUGCAGAGCAAUGCAUUGUGGGACAUGCAGCAGCUGGUUGGUGUCAACUCUGCCUAUUUCCAAGUCCCGGCACCCUUUAAAAAAAAUUUUUAUAUGUAUAUUAACCCCAUUAGUGCCAAAGUGGCCUGCAGGACACUGUAUUCCAAUCUGGUGCAUGAGGGUUUUUUUUUUUUGUUUGUUUUUUUGAACAAAGGAAAAGAUGCAGUUCUUAGUAAACGUGCCAGGGUCAUGUUUUACUCCUAGAUCCUGUGUCCAUCAGGGCAGUUGCGUACCGUGUAGUGGUGUUUACAUUGUUGGUUUUUUUCCCCCCCCGAGUUGUGAUAUUGUUCUGUGGGGUUGGGUAAAGGAGCACAUUUCCACCCGAAAUCUAUAUCAGAGCAUUAAGCAGAUGUGCGUUAACGCAUUCUUAAAAAGA